AUGCCUGAGCUCCUGGUGGUGCCUCCUGAUCUACAGAAAGAGACAGCCAACUUGACCGAGGUCUGUCCCGUGACGGCCUUCGUGCUUGCUGGAGUUUGGUGGAACGUCGAGGCGACCCACUACUACAAAGCGGAGCAGGGCGUCGUCUGCCACGCUGUCGUCCCGCAGUACAAUCUGCACGGCAACUACUUCAUCGGGAGCUCCAAGACGACGCCGUACCGCACGACACCAUCCAGUUGCGACAACGACAGCUACCCAUUCGAGCAGUAUUUGUAUCACGGAAGUGUUGGGUACUAUUCGUUCUACGAGGGCGAGGUGGGGACGUACUGUACGACGUCAAAGACGGCAUAUAUCGUCGUGGAAGUUCUUGGAUCGUACGACAUUAAUGGGGAGUUCUUGGCGAAAGACACUGGCAGUACGAGCACCAGGAUAUUUUCGUAUUGGUAUGGCGUCGCUGGCGUGGCGUGGCUAAUCUACCGAGCGCUGACGAUCCACCGGAGCUUUGUAGCAUGCAGACGCUAUGGCCUCAAGUGCAACGACAUGGGCGUAGGACUCGGCAACAAGGAGGCCAUGGUGUUUGUGCGGGAAAGCUUGCGGUUGUCUGCCCACGGAGCGACGAACUACCAACGGAUGGCGCUGCUCUACUUGAUCGUAGAAGAAAUCAUGUCCGACUUGUUCCUGAUCAUCGCUAACGACGGCUGGACCACGAAGAUCCAGUACUUGUCUCUGGGCUACAGCUUGUCCGGGUUGAUGCUGCUGCUGUUCGAGAUGGUGGAAAGUAUGAAGUGGCUGGGCGAGAAGUGGCGGCAGCGAGUCAAGCGCGUCUUCCUCAGCUACGAGACGGCGUUCGUGGGCGAAUUGGUGAGUGCCUUGGCGCUGCAGGCGUUCCUGACUGGACUAAAUGGGUCGGAGUUCAGGCGGUCAAGACCCGUAGCUCUCGCUGUGUCGUAUUACUUCUGGAGCUUGAUAAGUCACGGCGUGGUGGUGAUAGUUAUCAUUGGAAUUAUCGCAUCUGUGCGCGUUCCGUGGGCGAUGAUUUACGUGUGGAUUAAACACCGGACAUUACGUGUAUUGUCUGAGUCUUGCUGCAUUGACUCCGCUUUGGGACCUCGUAGCAGACUUAUGAUGCUGGGAGGCUACAGGUGGGAGCACGGCCGGUUGUACUACAAGGUCACGGCUCUGAAGGCGUUCGGCAUGCUGAAGAUGGAGGAGGACGGCGUCGAGUAUCUGGUGCUGCAGAGAUUGCACUGGUUCACCGUCCCUAGAGACAAUUUGGUGGUGAUCGGCGUCAUCUCGGGGCACCGAGUCGAGCCCUGCGCCGAACGAGCCUGUACCGGGAUCAUCACUCUCCUUAAUCGGAAACUGGGCGGCGCAUUGAACCAAGCAGAAAUUCACCAUAAUGUAAGACCAAAUCGAACUAUUCUGUGGUCAGGUCCAAACAACGCCGUGCUUCCUUCGCGUAGUUAG